CUCGGUCCAGGGUGAUGGGCUGAUCGUGUCGACACCAACGGGCAGUACGGCGUACUCGGCGGCAGCCGGUGCCUCCAUGAUACAUCCCUCCGUGCCGGCCAUUCUGGUUACCCCGAUCUGUCCGCACUCGCUCAGCUUCCGACCGAUCGUACUACCGGCGGGAGUCGAGUUGAAGAUUGCGAUAUCACCCGACAGUCGCAACAGCUCGUGGGUAUCGUUUGAUGGACGGAAUCGGCAGGAGCUCUUACACGGUGAUAGUCUACAUGUGACAACCUCAAUCUACCCAGUGCCGAGCAUAUGUGCCCAGGAUCAGAUCGCCGAUUGGUUCGAUUCGUUGGCCGAGUGUCUCCACUGGAACGUGCGCAAGCGGCAAAAGUGUCUCGACGAGCUGUCCGAUCUCACCGGCUCCGGCGCAGAAGAUGGCGGCAGUGGUAGUGGCGGUGGCAGUACUGGUCCAAUCGAUAGCAUUGUCCGUGGAAUGGAGAAGUUGGGAAAUUGAAUCAGAAGAAGACGAGGAAGCGCAGUGAGUGGUUAGAGCUAGAGGCCCGCGAAAGUGGAGUGCACUAUAAGCAAUCAAAAACGGGAAUGUGAGAUUCGGAUUCGUGGAGGAUCGGGUCGGUCCUUCGGAUGUAUUAGCAUCGGCUGUAAGCUGAUUGGUGCGCUACAGGAGGAAGCCAAGGAUACGGACGGAUAGGAACUUAAGUAGCAGCACGGUUCGGUUCUGUGUAGCGCUGCUCGUGUCGUGUGCGCUAGGAAUGAGUCUUUUCUUUGCUUUUAAAUUUCGACUUUUUAAUAUUUUGUGUUAGCUUCACUACCGUUUCGUUUGGCUUUCGCUUAUUUUAUUCGUUAUUGCACCUUUUCCGUCAAAUCCAAAGUGCGAGCAGUACAAACAGUGAGCAGCUACCGAGCUACCCGUUAAACAUAGCUCGUUAAUCGUUGAAGUAGCUUCAAGUUUGUUAUGUGUCCCGCUGUUUGCUGUUGCUUAUUCAAAGAGAAGCGACUUAAAAGUCUCGAGCGAACGACACCGUGUCAACACCAAUCAGAUACUCCUUUCCGUUCCGUUUCCCUGGCUCCGUGGCUUACGUAGUUUUGUCGGGUUGGACUGGUUUUUGUUAAGUUUUUGUGAUGACUAGCAUUGAGGUGUAAAGUGUAGAGAAAGCAAGAGAGAGAGAGAGAGAGAGAGAGAGAUCAUCGUCUGCCCAAGCAGCGGAUGAUCGUUGUCCCGUUGUGUCCUUAGCUUUUUGAAAAUUGUGUUUAAGUCACUGUAGAGCAUAGCAUUCCCGGCGGUGAAAGAUACUUUGUUUGUUGCUCCAGAUGGUUAGGGUCAGCACAUCAUCGCAAAAGGAAUUGAACCGUACGUGUGCGCACGUUAAAGAAUGAUCGUUCGUUUCCUCGAAGCUCAAAUACCUUUGGCUACCGCUACAGCUGCUUGAUUUACUUUGUGAUAGUAUCGAUUCACAGUCUCUCAAAUUGCGAGCGUGCGCGCGCGCAGCUGGUGUAGUAGAAGUGUUCAACAACCGCAAACCGAUCCUGCCCCGGUGGUGUCCGCUGUUCGAUGCUGAAACUGUGAAGCAAUGAAUGCGGAUGUACAGUGUACCGUUCCUCCGAACGUUGCACAACAGCGCAAAGUAUUUCCGAAAAGGCUCACCAAAUCACCAUCAUGAUCAAAAACUGUACUGGUAGCGCAAAUAUACCCGCAUAGAAACACUCGCGUAGAGAGAGACGCGAUCAGCAAUGGAAUUUAGGUAAACUGCGGUAUAAUGAAUGUUUGUUUGUGUGUGUCCCUGUAUGUGGCUGGAGGGCGGGUUCUCGAUAUCGAAAGAGUAUUGAUCGGUAGAAAAUUUAUACGAAAAGCGAGAGCAGAAAAAGACACAAAAAAAAAGAAACAAACCAACUGUUUAAGUAUACUAUUUAAUAAAUGCGAGCAUACGGUUUACAAUCGCAAACUA